UUUGUUCGUAUUUAUCCACAUACUCCUUGAAUAUGGACGAUUCGACGACGGACGACGACAACGCAUCACAGACGACCGAAGACGACCCGCAGAUACCAGCACCACAACAUCAACAGCCGGUCCAGCCGCCGACCGCCCCGUCUCAGCCACCCCCCCGCGAAAGACCCGAUUAUCGACUGAGACACACCCUCAGAGGACACACACAGUCCGUAUCAGCAGUCAAAUUCAGUCCAGAUGGGAAUCUUCUAGCUUCUUGUGCUGCGGACAAUGUCAUCAAGUUAUGGUCCCCGUUUACGGGCGAGCUCAUAAGGAAUCUAAGUGGACACACCAAAGGUCUGUCCGAUAUCGCGUGGUCGAGCGAUGGACAGUACCUUGCAUCUGCAUCAGACGAUACAAGCAUACGGAUAUGGAACGUCGAGACAGGGCUAACGAUAAAGCAACUUCGCGGACACACGAGUUUCGUGUUUUGCGUCAACUAUAAUACUUCAUCAACACUUCUCGUCUCCGGCGGAUGUGACGGGGACGUGCGGAUAUGGAACGUUGCACGUGGAAAAUGCAUCAAGACCCUCAAUGCGCAUCUCGACUACGUGACGGCCGUACACUUUAAUCGCGAUGCAUCACUCAUCGUGUCAUGUUCCCUGGAUGGGCUGAUACGCAUAUGGAACACGACCACGGGGCAGUGUCUCAAAACACUUGCAGAGGGCCACGAUGCUAUUUGCCAACACGUCCAAUUCUCUCCCAACUCUAAAUACAUCCUUUCAACUUCGCACGACAGUGCCAUCCGUCUCUGGGACUAUCACACAUCUCGCUGUCUCAAAACAUAUGUCGGGCACCGCAACGAAAAAUUCUGUAUCGCUGCGUGCUUUAGCGUGACGGGCGGGAAAUGGAUCGUGUCCGGGAGCGAGGAUGAAAGGGUGUAUAUUUGGGAUUUGCAGAGCAGGGCGGUUGUGCAGACAUUAGAAGGUCAUUCUGGCGUCGUCGUAGCGGUAGCUACCCACCCCCACCAAAACAUGAUCGCAUCCGGCUCUAUCGAACCUGACCUCGCUAUCCGGAUAUGGGCGGACCGAGAACCACCUGUAGCCGCAUCGUGAUUGUAUCGCACU